UUAGUAGGCUACACAAGUUUGUAGCCUACAGACAUUUCACCAAGAGGCUUUCAUGGUGUUUGAGUGAAAUGUCUUAUUUGCCAUAUUUUACUGGACUUUUUCCCUUAUGAUGAACUGCAACUUUGGUGAUCCCUUAACGUUCUCUCCAGGGUAUCAUCUGUUAGCAGAAAGGACGGAGGCGGGGCGCUAGGACCUUGAGGCACGGCGCUUCAGAGCGGGUAAACACGUCUUUUCAGACAAGAGACUUUUAUUUUUGGCCGUCUGUCUGUCUGAGCUGGUCAGGUUUCUGAAGAAGACAUCCCGAGACACCCGGCACAUGUCGCUUUAUUUGUACACGCUGCGACAGAGCGAGCGAGAUUUCCCCUCUGGAGGACAGGCUCGGAGAUAGAGAGGAGGGAGAAACUACCUGCCGGUCACCGAGGAUGAUGAGGAAAACCUGGGAAGUGAUCCUGAAGGGCUCGUCUGAUGGAGAGGAAAACUUGACUGAGAUGUAAACCGGGACCAGAUCUCUGACCAGGAGUGUUUUCUGUCACCGCGAUGACGCCACGUGAGAGCUGCCUCUCGACUCACCUGCUCCUGUUCCUCCAGCUCGUCCUCCCUCUCACCCUGUCCUUCCUGCACCCUCCUCACCAACCCCAAGUCCACGUCCCCACGCUGGUGCCCCAUGCACCAAUGCCUCUCAUCCGCCCCCGUUUCAGCGCUCACACUCAACUGGACUUCUCCACUCACUGCAACUCGAGCUGCUUCCACAGAGGAGAGUGGGAGGCCCAGAGGGAGCAGCUCACGGAGAAGCUGGCCUUUGAGACGCUGUAUGCUGACGGCUCCCGCACUCUCACUACGGUAGAUGUGGAGGGUGAUGAGGAGUUUGGAAAGGGCACGGAUCACUUUGCUCCGCAGCGGAGAGGAUCAAGAGAUAAACGCAGGCACAAACGUGUGAGGCGGCAGAUCUACGGAGCAGACGGACGUUUUAACAUCCAAGGUGACAAGUUCCUGUUGGACUACCCUUUCUCCACAGCUGUGCGGAUCUCCACCGGCUGCACCGGCGUUCUUGUGUCUCAGCAGCAUGUCCUCACAGCUGCCCACUGUGUGCAUGAUGGGAAGGAUUAUGUCAAGGGGGCACGGAAGCUCAGGGUGGGCUUCCUGAUUCCUCCGUCCAUCAAUGCUACCAAGGCCGGCCUCGCUUCCGCCAAGAAGCCUAUGGUCCGCUGGGUGAGGGUGAAACGUACCCGUGUGCCAAAGGGCUGGAUCCAGGGCCCUCAGGAGAUCAGCAUGGACUUUGAUUAUGCCCUGCUGGAGCUGCGUUGGCCUCACAGACGUCCUUUCAUGCGUCUCUCCGUGGCUCCCUCCUCUGACGACCUGGCAGGGAAGCGCAUCCACUUCUCUGGUUUUGACAGCGACAGGUCCGGGGAGCUGGUGUACAGAUUUUGUCCUGUGGAAGAAGAGUCCAGUGACCUGAUAUACCAGCACUGCGAUGCCCGACCCGGAGCGAGCGGCUCUGGGGUGUAUGGAAGAGUAUGGGACAACAGUUUAGAGCGCUGGGAGAGGAAAGUCAUUGGCAUUUUCUCUGGACACCAGUGGCUGGAGAUAGACGGGGAGAACCGGGAUUAUAAUGUGGCCGUGCGCAUCACUCCUCUGAAGUUUGCUCAGAUCUGUUACUGGCUGCACGGCAACGGACUAGACUGUGGACAGGACUGAGAAGGGACAAAAGUAGGUCAAAAGGACAAGGAGGAGGUUUUGAAAGUAUAGUAUGAAAAACACAAGAAAGCACUAAGUGACUGUAAAAAAAAAUGCGUAGUGAAGUGUCUAAGUUCCCCUAAACAAAGAGUGAAACUGGAGUAAAUCCAUACAAAAACAACAUCCGUCAGUGACGCACCAGUAGAGCAGAACUACUCACUGACUUCACUGAGUUAUUUCUCUCAUGGGUUUAAUCGGCUCCAUGUAACCUCUGGGCCUUUUAAACAACUCUGUCUGUGAGAUCAUCACCACGGCAUCUUUUAAUAUGUUUUUGCCCGCAGUCAUAUUAUUAACACAGUGUUUCCACAGUAUUAACUUAAACCACUUUUUACAAGAGGGGGAAAAAAAAACGCUUUUCCUAGUGUGUCAGUAGUACCAGAUAAUUUUCCUACUGUGGAUGACAGCAGCCUGUUGCCAUUUUGCCUUUUACAUCUUUCCCACUCUCUUUCCUGACUUUGGGGAAAUGGUUUAUUUUAUUUUAUUUUAUUUUUCUAAAGCUCUUCAAAGAUCAUUCUGUUCAUUAACGUUUCGGCAGACAGUAGGCUCUUCUCAGUGCAGACUGGACAGAAUGUUAAUUUUAUUUUUUAGAAAAAUGCUUGAUAUAUUUUAAUAAAGAGAUUUAUAACAUU